AUGGCUGUACUAUAUUACAAUGAAAGAUAUACUUAUCUAUUUUCUGAGCUUCAGAAAAUUUACAAUAAAAAGCCUUUUGAGAUAGAAGACUUGCUAAAUAUUAGCAUAAUAGAAAAAGAGUCUGAAAAAUAUGCUAAUGAACACAAGGAACUAGAGGGCUUCAAGUUUGAUAAGGAAUUAGUUUAUUACAAGGCGAUAGCAGAGAAGCGACUUUGUGAUAAUGAGUUUUAUCCAUCAUUUGCUUCAUCGAUUAAUGACUUCGAUAAAGAGAGGCUUAUAAAUUCGAAUAUAAUAAUAGAAGAUGAAACAAACUACCCUACUACUUUAAAAGAAUAUGUUAAAAUAAUUGUGAAAGAAAUUUUUAAAUUUUCUGAAUUGAGAUCAGGACAAAUAGAUGCUAUAAAAUAUUAUAUAGAGGAAGAAAAAGAUACGCUUGUAAUUAUGAAAACAGAUAGUAGAAAAUCAUUUUGUUACGCUACCUCCUCUAUUAUUUUUGAUGGACUUACAGUUGUUAUUUCGCUAUUAAAAUUUUUGAUUCAAAGCCAAGUGAGAACAAUCGAAUACAAAGCAAGACUCUUUAAAGAGAUAGCACUUGGAUUUACCUGCUUACUUUAUAUUACUCCAGAGAAACUAUUACUUAAUAACUCUGUUAAAAAGCUAUGCAAUUGCUUAUAUUAUAAAAAGAAGCUACAAUUUGUAAUCAACGAAGCUCAUUGUAUUUUUGAAUUUCAUUAUUUUAGAAAUUUGGGCAUGUUAAAAAACCUCUUUCCUGAAGCUCAGAUUAUAGCCUUAACUGCAACUUUAUCUCAAGAUGAUGUAGAGACUCUUCAAGAUAAUUUGAACAUUACUUAUUUCAAAAUUACAAAAAGCACUGAUCUAUUAUGCAUGGACUUAGGGAUUAAGAAUUGUUCUGAUAUUCUUGUAAUACUAAAUCAAAAAAUGGAAGAAAUAUCUUUAGACUUAAUGAUUGCAACCUCAGCCUUUGGUUUAGAUAUUGAUAUGCCUAAUGUCUGUCUAGUCUUGCAUUAUAAUUUCCCAAUGAAUAUGAUUAGUCUUAUCCAAGCAUCUGAUUGGGCUGAACAGGAUCAACAAGGUAGCAAAUGCAUUAUUCUCUAUACCAAGAAGGACAUUCAUACAAAUUAUAUCAUUAUUGCAGAUAAUAGAGAGAGGCAUUCAGAUGAUAAAGUGCAACAAACAGAUGUAAAGUUAGAAAUUUUAGAAUUGAUAAAGGUGGUAAAAUUGUUAUAUGAAAAUAAUGACAAACCAAUAAUACCCUUAGACAUAGUAGAAAUUUUUUGUUGCCUAGAUAAUGAAAGACUUCGAGAUCGAAAAUUAAAACUAAUAGAUAAUCACCCAAAACCAAAGCAUUUAUGUAUAAAAGUAUUAGCAAAAUUAGCUUUAAUGGAUCUAGUUCAUCAUGGUUUGAUUAAACAGACAAUUUUGCUUAAACGAAAAACAAAUAAAAAUUAUCUGAUAUCUAGCAUAAUCAUAGAAGGUGUGGCAGAUAAUGCAGAAUCACUUGCACAAAAGGAAAUGUGGUCUUACUGGUUAAAGAAAUAA